AUGGACCUGGACCCUAACUAUUUUCGCUCACUUGAGCAAGCUGCUGUGCAAUUUAUUCGAGCGUGUGAGACGAUCUAUAAUUCGGGCGCUACUGAGUCCGUUGGCGAUCAAAACGAUGCUCUUCCAAGUCCUGAUUGUCCUUCGUCACCUGCUCCUGAUUGCCCAUCCCUCGGCUUGGCCCAAUUUCUGAUCAAGGAGGAAGCUCAGUCGGAAGAAACGAACCCCAUCAAGUCAGAGGAACCUGAGGAGCCAGUGACCGAUGAUGUCGCCCAGUCACAGAUGAGUGUUGCUGAUUCUUUGGCACUUCUGUCGUCAAGCUGCAAUACUACUGCAACUGGAGAAUGGCUUGCUGCACCGGGACAAAAUCGAAUGUCAUAUUCUCGAGAAUUCAAACUAAUGGUUAUUGACUACUACCAAAGAAAUGGUAUGAACAAGUAUCGAACUUGCAAGGAGUUUCACAUCACUAAAUCUAUGCUAAAAGGAUGGCUAUCAAGGAUCGACAAAAUUCGCGAAUCACGACCUGGAUCGUUGAAAUCGGGCAGAACUGGACGACGUCCCGACAUCGAAAAGCAGUUAUUCGCGAUGUAUAGCAAGCGACUGGAAAGCGGUCUCAAAGUGAGCAAUCGUUGGUUAAGAGAGAGGGCUCGCGAAUUGGCCGGUAGUGUUAAUGCCGCUUGUCAGUUUUCGGAUCGAUGGCUGAGGAACUUCAAAAAGCGUUUUCACAUUGAUCUUCAACGCGGCACCACAGACGGUAUGGAUGGUACUCCCUCCAACUCUGAUGACCCUAUGAAGGACACAGACUCCUUUACCGAUCCUGCUGAACUUGAUGUCAGUUUGCGCAAUGAAGUGGUUGCUGAAAUUGUUAACCAAACGGAACAACUCCCAAUACAAGCAUUUUACGAGAAGUUUCCUUUGUUUUCAAAAAGAGACCCCGUUGGAGGAGGAAAACGUGGACGAAAGGCGCAAUUUCCGGAUGUUGAACGAGUGCUUUACGAGCGUUUCCUCGAGAGACAGAGUGCCGGUGAACGUAUCUCAAAUCGCUGGCUACAGGACCAAGCUCGUGAUCUGGCCGCAGAGCUUUACGCUGGAGCAGAGGAUACUGUGAAAUCGUCAAGAUGUCUGUUUUCCGAACGAUGGCUUUCCAACUUCAAGAAGCGCUAUAAUAUCAGUCUGAAAGUGAAGCCGAUCAAACAAGAGGACGAGAUGGAUGAUCAUCCCGCUGAGCUGGAACAAUCACCGCCUGCAUACGAAGAGAUCGACGUUAACGCGGUACUAACGGCAUGGCUUAUGAACCAAACUGACAUACCACCACUUUCAUCGCCGGGUAACUCAUCAUCUUAA